AUGGCGGCAGGUCUGGCGCCUGAGUUGCUAUCGCAGACUCAUACUAUUCUCAAAGAUCUUACCAUUUCACCAUAUCCCGAUCUCACGUCUCCAGAGGGUGUACCACGUCGAGCCUCAGUCGCCUUCGUCAUACGCAUCAAGCCAUCCUAUUCUCACUGGGCGACGAAUACCAAUAAGUUGGACAAUCUGGACCUGUUCUUCGCACAACAAUGGGUGCAACAUGGCGAGCCUGAGAUUCUGUUCAUAAAACGUGCUUCACGGAAAGGAGAUAGAUGGACAAGCCAUGUCGCACUACCAGGAGGCAAGCGCGAUCCAACAGAUAAAGAUGACAAGGCGGCAGCAAUACGAGAGACAUGGGAGGAAGUCGGCCUGGAUCUGGAUAGUUAUGGGAUCGGGUGCGGGAAUCUGCCACAAAGGCUUGUGACGACUCAUUGGGGCAAGAAGCCGCUGAUGGUGCUGUGCCCGUAUGUUUUCCUGCUCACGACACAUUCUGUACCGCCUCUCAAGCUCCAGCCGACCGAGGUCGCGGCAACACAUUGGGUUCCAUUACGGAGCUUACUGGCCCCUAGUCAACGGACAGUAGCAUUCGAAGAUGUGUCAAGCCGACUAGCGAACCAGGAAACUGGUGUGAAGAAGUGGAUGCUCAGUCUAAUACUGGGCAAGAUGAUGUUCGCUGCCAUCAACCUUUUGCCCACAGAGUCUUUGCAUUCGGCGGAAACGCCUGCGCCGGAUGCUGUCGUACAGCUACAAGACAACCGACAUUCUCCUCCGACAUGGUCGUCCCGUGCUAAGGCUCUGUCAAGUCAAAUAUAUCGCUCCGACAUCUUCAAUCAAAACCCUGCACCACCCAAAGAAGGCCCUCUGCUUCUCUGGGGUCUGACUUUAGGCGUCAUCUCCGACUGGCUGGAUCUAGUACCACCGCACAAUGCCCUUACGCUGUGGACUUAUCCGACUUUCACGCCCUUGGAUGUGAGGUUCUGGGUGUGGCUCAUGACUUAUCGCUUUAAGGAUCGCAAACGAGCGGAGUUACAAGCUGGUCACGCAGUGAUGCACCGUCCAUCAUUUGGCGGUGCGAGCGAAAGCAUGGCGAAUAGUGCUGUCAUGGUGGAAAGACCUGAUGAGACUGGCUUUCAUGGUCUGGGUACUGGUGUGGGAGAUGUAAAGGGCAGGAAGGCUGCUGUCACUAGCAUGCUCGAAGGGUGGGUCGAUAGUCUUGCCGCUGUGUGUCUCCCGGAUAUCGCUGACCGAGCCUCGAACCGCAUAUAUCUCCGGACGGUCACUAUGGCAAAGACAUAUACAUACGACGAAGUACAGCAGCAUCGCUCCUCCGACUCAUGCUGGGUGGUCCUAUACGGUAACGUCUACGAUGUCACCAAAUUUCUCCCAAGUCAUCCGGGCGGAAGCAAGAUCAUACUACAGCUAGCCGGCACAGAGGCAACAGAAGAAUACGAUCCGAUACAUCCUCCCGGAACGCUGGAAGACAGUCUAUCCGCCGAAGCAAAAUUGGGGCUAUUCGAUGCAAGCACACUACCCAGACAAGAGCUGUCACCAGAGCAAACAGGUACACCAGGCAAGAGUCCCGCACAAGAGCAAGCAGAGGAACUAGGUCCAGAGACAUUAGACGAGUGUCUCAAUUUAGACGAUCUUGAGGCGUUGGCCACAAGAAAGAUUAGCAGGAAAGCAUGGGGAUACUACUACUCUGCCGGCGACGAUCUUAUAUCGAAGAAGAAGAACAACACAGUCUACUCACAAAUCCUGAUGCGACCACGAAUAUUCGUCGACUGCACACAAUGCUCCACUGCCACCACGAUUCUUGGCCAGAAAGUCUCAGUUCCAUUCUUCGUCUCACCAGCUGCUAUGGCAAGAUUAGGCAAUCCGGCAGGCGAACAUGGCAUAGCGCAGGCCUGCGGGACGUACGGUGCACUGCAGAUCAUAUCAAACAAUGCCUCUCAAACGCCCGAGCAGGUGGUGGAGGGGAGCAAGCCUGAUCAAGUCUUUGGGUGGCAAUUAUACGUACAGAAUGAGAGGAAGAAGAGCGAGGAUAUGCUCGCUCGGAUUCACAAACUACCACAAAUCAAGUUCAUCUGUCUCACGCUGGAUGCGCCUGUUCCGGGCAAGCGAGAGCAUGACGAGCGGACGAGCAACGUCUCGUCGAAUCUCGCUGUACGGAGUUCGGUGCAGCAAGGCUCCGCAUCGAAGACUUCGCCACAUCCGGAGCAGAAGAGCGGCCAUGAGAAGACGGAUCGCCUGGAGGAGAACAUCGAGGCGGGAAAUGCUGGGGACGGUGGCGUUGGGAAGGCUCUUUUUGCCGGCACUGCGCCGGAUUUGACGUGGAAGACUACUUUGCCGUGGCUCGCAAAGCAUACGCAUCUGCCUAUUGUGCUGAAGGGUCUGCAGACACACGAGGAUGCGUAUAUUGCCUCUCUUUACGCGCCACAGGUUAAGGGUAUUAUUCUGUCGAAUCAUGGCGGUAGGGCUAUGGAUACUGCGCCACCUAGUAUCCACACGUUACUUGAGAUCAGGAAGUACUGCCCUGAAGUCCUGUCACGGUUGGAGGUCUUCGUGGACGGUGGUAUAAAGCGAGGUACAGAUAUCGUGAAAGCACUCUGUCUUGGUGCCAAAGGCGUUGGUCUUGGCCGAGCGCCAUUGUUCGGGCUCGGUGCUGGUGGUGUAGAAGGUGUGGAGAGGACGUUGGAAAUAUUGAAGGCGGAGGUGGAGACUGCGAUGAGACUACUCGGAGUGGAGAAGGUGGAAGAUCUGAAGCCGCAUCAUGUCAAUGCCAGGACGGUGGAGAGGGACAUAUUUGAUGGUGUGGAGGCACCGGCUCUGGAGAAGGCGGGUUUGUGGGUGAAGAGUAAAUUGUGA